ACUCUUUAACAAGCCUGUCUGAAGUGGAGGGCUGUCACUUGUUAGACAGACUUUCAUGUAGAAAGUUUGUUUUAAGUCACAGCAACUUCCAGCUGUCACCGUGUGACAAGUGUGACGAUCAUUGAUUACUGUCAUGACUGGUUAAAGGCAGAUUCACUCGCAAACAUGCGGAUUUUCCUCCCUUUGCUGUGUAUUCUGUGCGCCACACCGGUGCACAACUUUCUCGACGGAACCUGCCUCAGAAAAGAACCUCCCCCUGGUGUGUUGGUUUUAUCCUCUGGCAGUAAGUUGGAAUUGACCUGCAGCGGUCUUGUGAAGGUGAAUGGAGUAAAGGUCAGCAUUACCAGAAAAAGCUCAAACAUCAACAGGAGAUCUUCUGAUGCAACUCCUGUUACUGCAAACAUUAUAACCAACACCACGGUUUCAGUGAAAAGUGAUGCAAGUGUAAAUACAGGAUACCACACUCAUCCUGCUGAGGCAGUAGUCAACACUGUGACAGGAGAAAACAGACGCAUUGGAUAUACAGAUACAGGAUACACAGCCUAUCCCACGUCUCAACCAGUCCAGCCUACCAGUGUGAGCAGAGUGCUGAGGGGUGAAUCCCACAGGGAGGCUGAAGACAUGGACGACGAAGGUGAUUAUGAGGAAGAGGAAGAGGAAGGGGAGGAAGGGAGCAGGGUGACAAGGGGUAUAAAAUCCAGGCCUCAGUGGAAGUGGAACGGGAGGACGGUGGGGAAAGGAGACAGAGACUGGGGAGAAGUCACGUUUGAGAGGACAGGGGCCACACUCUCUAUGGCCUCAGUAAGACCGAAAGACUCAGGGAAUUACACGUGUCAUCACAGAGGCAGAGACAGGUUCUCCUUGAAAGUAGCCGUUGCAGAUCCUCCUGAGACUCCCAGUCUGUCCUGCUACAAAAAGUCACCCAGUAGUAAGAUUCGCUGUGAUUGGACACCUCAGAUGCCUGUUACUAAACGUCUUAACUGUCACCUCUUACUCAGAAAAGGCCCAUCAGAGACAUUCCUUCCUUUGCAGUGUUCAUACUCAUCUCGUUGUUGGUGUGCUCUUGACCACAAUGAGGACGAGCUGAGAACCCUUCAUAUGGCCUACUUGUGUGUUACAAACAUUGCAGGCAACGCCACCAGCACUGUCCUGACCUUUACACCUCUGGACAUUUUAAAGCCGGACCCUCCAUCACGUGUGUCUGUCCGACAGGAGGAGGGAGAGGAGAAGAGGAUGACGGUCACCUGGAGUCUCCCGACGUCCUGGAAGCGUCAAGACACAUAUUAUGAAUUAAUUUAUGAGCUAAAAUACCAACCCUACACGUCCUCAUUUUCUCAUGAACAGAUACAGAUGAUCAAGGGCGAACACUCCUACACAACCUCCUAUACUAUCACCGAUGCAAUGCCCGGUGUUAAGUACCUGAUACAGCUCAGAACGAAGGAUGAAUAUGACGGUCAGUGGAGUGACUGGAGUACACCCGUCUAUGCCAGCAGUUGGACGGCUCCAGUCGAGUUGUCAAAUGAUCUGACUACUACAAUGCAGUUACCAGAGGAAGCAGAGGAAGGCUCUGGUACCAAUGACAUUCCCACUUCUGAUGAAUCAGUGCGUAGUGGUGAAGAUGACCCAGUGAAGAUGCAUCACGUCCUGUGGAUCUCUGGUUCAUUUGUUCUCUUGUCAGUCAUUUUGGCUGUCUACGUGUUCAGACACAAGGAAAGAUUUAUGUCGAAACUCCACAGGCUGAAUAUCAUCACCCAAUGUGGGGACUCAUCUCAGCCUCAGCCCUCCGCCCCAACAUCUCCAGAGGGGCAGGCUCUGAUGACCUUUGCCCCUCCGCAUUACAGAGAACCCAGAGUGAGCGAAGGUAAAGAAGGGGAAGAAGAAAAUGAGGAAGAACAUAGGGUGAAUGGGAGGAUAGAAGCCAUGCACUUCAACAACUCAAGUUAUUUCUUGGUCCAGAGGGAGUGACAGUCAUGCAGGAAACAGCAGGGGUUAAAAGCUAACAAGAACAUUUGAACUAUAAACAAUCUUUGUAUCUCUGGAUUGUUGACAAAAGGAUAAUGGACUUAAAAUUGUUAUGAUUGUCCUAUGAUUCUCAGUUUGAAUCAAACUCAGGAACAGCUUGAAUAUUUUCUGUCUCUAUCUCUAUUUCAUGCCUAAAAUACCUCUAAAAUGACUUUUUUUGUUGUUGUGUUGUCAACCAAGCAGCCUUUAAGCUACUCUAUUCUAUAUCUGUGCUAUUUUAUUUUAUGUUUUUUAUUUUAUUUUAUUUAGAUUUCUCAGUAUAUACAAUAUUCACUUCCAACAUCAACCAAAGAAAGACUAAUAAUCUUAACGGCAAAGAAAACAAGACAGGAAGACAAAACGAAACAUAAUAAAACAACAAAAAACAAAACAUAACAUAACUUUUACUCCACAAAUCAAACAAACAAGCUCAACAUCAGUAUCUUCAUAUCUGAUCAACUUAAAUGAUAUAUGUUAAAUAUAAAUAAACAUACACAUACAUCAUAUAUAACUUGAAUACCAUUCUACUACAAAAAACAAAACAAAACAAACAAAAAGCAAAGAACCUCAAACCAGGUUUCAGUAUAAAGGCCACAUUUUUUAUGGACCUAAUGCUUGUAAUACUUCUUCCUAUAUGAUUUCUAAUUGAGUUAAUUUGUACUUGUUGGUGGCUAUCGUCUUUUCCAUACUCAAAUAAUAACACAUUUCUUUUUUCCAGUGUAGUAGUGUAGGAGGGUAUGUGGAUUUCCACUAUUUAAGUAUCAGCUUCUUUAAUAUGAUUGAUGAAAAAAGAAUAAUCUAACUCCACUUAUACCUCACUGUAUCUUGUAACAAAUCUUGAAAUAUAUAAAUUUAUGGAUUAAAAUUAAAUUUUACCCCAAUACCUCUGAUAACCAAUAUUCUAUAUCAAACCUAAUCUUCUGAAUUUUGCUACAGUCCCAAAAGGUGUGGAUCGAUGAAUCUGUAAUUCCACAUUUAAAACAGUUCCUCGAUAUAUUUCUAUUAUAUUUAUUGACUUGAACUCUUGUAGUAGGUUCUCUACAUUAUUUGAUAUUGGAUUAAAAGCAAGUUUUCAUUAGCCAUAAUACCUCUUGUUGAAUUCCAACAUCCCCUCAAUAUUAAAUUAAUAUAAUUUCUCUUUAAAUCUUGGACCCACAAAUAUAUUCUAAAGUGCAACAAAGUUUCUACAGAAUAUGAUUUCUGCAGGAUUCUGUAAACUUUACCUGUUGAUUUAUUAUCUGUUGUGAACCAAAUAUAAUUUCCUCUAAAUUUCUCCGCUGUCCAAAUGAAUGGAAGUCAAAACUUUUGAGUUGCAUAUACCUGAAAAAUUCUUCAUUAGACAAACCAAAUUUAUUCUGCGGAUCAUUCCAAGAAAUAAAUUUGUUUUUCAUUCAUUAAAUCAUUAACAGCUUCCAUACCUCUGUCCCUCCAUGUAGACCAGCUUAAUAAUGAAUUUUGAAGUAUUUUUUGGAACUGAUAUCAACUCACUCAAAAUACUCUUCAAUUUUCUCCAUGUUGCUGCCAAGUUUCUUACUAUAAAAUUGAGAACUGAUGUUUUUAUCCUUUGAAAAUAUAUACAAGAAAAGGUUUUGAGGAUAGAUUUGUGCAUUUUCAACAUGAUUCCAUUGAUCCUCUAUUGUAUUUUUGGCUCUAUGGCUUACUGUAGGUAAAAUGCUUGAGUCGAAAGGUCAUUCUAAUUCAAUCCAAUUUUAAAUCUGGGAGAUUAAAUCCCCCUUCCAUCUUUGGAAGAUGUAAAACCUUCCUUUUAAUUCUAUGAUUUUUCUUCCCCCAUAUAAAGUCUGUAAUAAUAUAAUAUGUUUUUUAAAAGAAUAUUUUAGAUUGGGUCAUUGGUACCGUCGAAAAUAGAAAUUAAAAUUUUGGAAGCCACAUCAUGUUAAAUAGAUUGAUUCUUCCUGUCUGUGCCAUUUUAAAGUGUGUUGAUAAACUGUAGAGGUCUAGAUGUAGGCCUGAUUAUGGGUCUGUGUUUAGAAUAACACCUAAUUUUCUGGUUGUAUAUAGUUUUGCUGAGGUUUAUUAAACAGAUCACACAAAUCCAAGGUUACUGUGGUUUUUUCAUUUAAAAUGAGUUUUGGACCAUGCUCAAAUUAACAAUAUUAACAAUGUUAAAGACUAUUGUUAAAGAGAGUGUCUGUGUAUUAUUGUAUAAGAAUCAAAUCACUAGUCUAUCUUAAAAAGCACAGAAACAUGCCACAUGGUACCACAGCUACUACUGUGAUUCACUGUUCUUGCAAUAUGAACAAAAAAAGUUGUAGGGUGAAUUAGAGUAAGAGAUUUUUUUCAAUUAGUACUUCAUCAAUAUAUUUUGAU